GAAAUAGAACUGACGACAAUAUAACCAAUAUUGAAUACCGUAUCGAGAAAACCGGUUAAAUCUGGACGUGAGGCCUGGAUAGAUAUAUAUAAACAUCUUUAAAUUUCAAGAAAAAUAUUAUUAAACUUAUCUAAUUUUGCGAUUGAUUGUGUGUGUAUGUAAUGCUUUGAUUUGAUUUAUUCUGAGACUCUACGGACAAAGUGUAAUUGUUUACUGCAAAAUAUUGGCCACUGCGUACUCAUUCCAUCUGAAAAUAACGGGAUUAGCAAAAUGCCAAAAAAGAAUAAAAAGGAAAACGGAGACCCCAAACCGCCUGCAUACGCAGCAAGCGAAAGCAAUCCAUCAGUGGACAUUGACGUAGAUGCAAAUGUCAAGGUUGAGGAGGUGAUUGAGCGAGAUCAAUGGACCAACAAGGCAGAGUUCAUGCUUUCCUGUAUAGGCAUGUCAGUCGGCUUGGGAAACGUUUGGCGAUUCCCGUACCUGGCCUAUAAAAAUGGUGGAGCUGCCUUCGUCAUCGCCUACAUAGUCCUGCAGGUUUUCAUUGGCAAGCCUAUGUACAUGAUGGAGCUCGUGGUCAGCCAGUACUCAGGACAAGGUCCUACCGGUAUAUGGGCCAUGAAUCCUUGUGCAAAAGGUAUAGGCUGGUCCAUGGCCAUCAUAUCACUUAUAGUCUCCAUCUACUACAUCGUGAUUAUGGCAUAUACACUGUACUAUUUUUUCGGCUCAAUGCAGAGUGUUUUGCCGUGGACAAAAUGCACAGAUGAAUGGCUUGACAUCGGUUGCGUCGAAAAGACCACCCCCAAACUUGAAACCUGUACCGGCAAUGCAACCCUUGAUAUGAUUGGUAAAUGUCUCUGCAGUAAAACAAACUACACUUUCAAUGAGGGGCUUUCAGUGAAUUGCACCAAUAACUCGAACACAGCAGUCUCCGAAUUGUAUUUCUACAAGACGGUUCUCCAACUCGCCCCGAACAUGUAUCCCGAUGACAUGGGAGCCCCUAAAUGGCAACUGGCACUUUGUCUCCUUCUGGCAUGGAUUAUUGUAUGUGCUUGCAUUAUAAAAGGGAUCAAGUCCUCUGGAAAGGUUGUCUACUUCUCUGCCACGUUCCCGUACGUUAUCCUUAUCAUCCUUCUUAUCCGAGGCAGUCUCCUGGACGGGGCAAUUGAUGGUGUUAAAUUCUUCAUCGUCCCCGAAUGGAGCCAACUGCUCAAACUAGAGGUGUGGGCCGCUGCAGCUGGUCAGAUGUUCUUCUCGUUGGGGGUAUCCUUCGGAGGUAUACAGAUGUUCGGCGGCUACACCAAAUUCAAGAACAACAUCUAUACUGACGCAGUGGUGAUUAGUACCAUGGAUCUUAUCACAAGUAUCAUCUCCGGCUUUGUCAUCUUCACCACUUUUGGAGGCAUGGCCAAGCAAAUCGGAGUGUCCGUUCAAGACGUGGCCAAGGGAGGAUAUGGUCUCGCUUUCGUGGCCUACCCCGAGGCUCUCUCCAACUUGCCUCCAAUGCAGCUUUGGUCAAUACUAUUCUUCUUUAUGCUGUUCACACUCGGUCUCGACAGUGAGUUUGCUCUCCUGGAAACAACUCUCACAUGUAUACAAGACGAGUGGCCCAAACUUCGGAAGUACAAGUCUCAACUGUGCAUCGGCUUUGCAAUCGCAAUGUACUUCAUUGCCCUGUCUUGCAUUACCCCGGGCGGAGACUAUGUGGUGACGUUGAUGGAUUUCUACGGUGCGGAUUUCUCGGUCCUCUUCGUAUCUACCUGUGAGAGUAUCUCUAUCAUGUGGGUGUACGGAGUCGAUCGGGUAAUGCAGGAUUGCAAAUACAUGCUGGGAUAUGAGCCUCGGCCGAAGUACUUCUGGGGUUUCUGUUGGUUCGUGUGUUCGCCUUUGCUUACUGGGGCUCUCUUCAUCUACAAAAUGAUAAGAUUCAAGGAACUUGCACCGGAAAUUUCAAAAGGAGUUCCAUUCCCCGACUUUGCUCAAGGAAUCGGUUUUGGCCUCACCGCUUUGGUUCUUAUCCCAAUACCCGUCAUGUUUCUCUACAAAUUGCUUACCGCAAAAGGGAACUUGUUCCAGCGCCUUCGAAUGAUAACCACGCCCGAUAAAACUUGGGGACCCAACGACGGCAGUAUGAAACGUCGCCUGACCAACACCAACGGUGUUGACAUGGUCGCAGUUUAUGGUAUUGACAAUCCUGCAGUGUUUGCUAACGGGGAGGAUUACACGCGUAUGUAAAUGGAUGAAUUUGCAAUAGUUAGCUCAUUAGGCUCACACGGUAAUUGUCUGUUAAAACGGUCUUUUAUAUGUAAACAUGUUGAAAAAUGUAAUAUACAAUUUAUGAGUUUUUUAUUUUUCACAGUGUGUAUACUAAAAAUGAAAAUUCAAAUUCAUACCUGAAAAGCUUCAACUGACAGUGAUUCGAAAAAUAUAUGUUCAUGGAAUACAGCUGUUUUUGAUCUAGGUUGCUCAAAACGGAUAAUAACUUAAAGCUUAUAUUCGAACAAAUGCCAAUGGAGCGCUUAUAACAACCCAAAGAAUUAUGUAACAAAAGAAUUCCAAAACAUACAGCAGUAUUUUGCUGUUGUUAGAGCUCAGCUUUCGAGCGAAUCAAAUUAAACAGAUGAAAUAUAUCGUUUCAACGUGCAUCAGUGUUAGAUACUUGUAUAAGUAAUAUUGAUGUAUGCGUCGUUUACGUAAUUCAUUCAUCGCUUGUAUUUAUGUAACCAACGGCAUCUCUUUUGGUCAUCUGUCUGUCUUUUUAGAUUGCCUGUCUGUUUCUUAGCGAUGAAAAGAAUAAAAUGUUAUGAGGGAAUUCCAUAAGUCCUUCUUAAAGAAGGGGACCGGAGUCGUCAGUUCAAACAGUUGACAUAUUAUAAUGUAUCAUUAUAUUUGCUGUUUGCAUCUUCUAACAAAUCAAAUAAAUAUGAAAUGUA